UUUCUGGCCGCUGGCUCCAGUAGGCUGUCCGCCCGCAGGAACUCAAGCGACGAGGGCGGAGAUAUGUUUCAUUCCAGAGACUAGCCACCGCGCUAACCACCGCUGAACCCCCUUUGGUCCGGAUCUAACUGCGACGACACAGCCUGUUCAGCCGAGGACAAACAGCAGGAUGCCGGUGAAAGGCGGAGGAAGACUGGCCUCUUACCCGAGCAGGAGCGACAACGUCGGAAGCUCAGGGAUGGAGGAGAUGGUCUGGGAGCAGUACACAGUCACUCUGCAGCGGGACUCUAAGAUGGGUUUUGGUAUUGCUGUGUCAGGUGGCCGUGACAACCCCAACAUGGAGAAUGGCGAGACGUCGAUCAUUGUGUCAGAUGUGCUGCAGGGAGGACCAGCUGAUGGAUUACUCUUUGAGAACGAUCGUGUCAUUCAGGUCAACUCCAUCCUCAUGGACAACGUGCCUCACUCCUUUGCUGUGCAGUCGCUGCGUAAAUGUGGCAAAGUGGCCAAAAUAACAGUGAAGAGACCUCGGAAGGUGGUUCACUCCCUGAAGCAGCCCCCCUCCCCCAGUGGAGACAGCUGGGAGUACACUCCUUCCACCCACUAUUACGACGCCGACAAUGACAACGGCUGGUACCGCAACGAAGGCCGGGACCACACCUCUGACAGCAAAGGAUACCUGGACCCUGAGUACAGGGGAGGUCAGGACUACAACCAGAGAGGAAGGAGCCGCAGGAGGAGCCAGGAGAGAACCUCACCCAGCCCGGACAGAUCCAGGAGGGAGGGCAGCCGGGAACGGGCCCUGGACACCAGCGCGGACCGUCAGAGGUACCGCAGCCGAGGACACAGCCCCGGGGACAGCUACCACACGGAAGACAAGUACGAGCGAGGAGAAGGAGGAGGAGGAGGAGGAAAAGGACGGAGGUAUAGGAGCAGGGACCGGCUCAAUGACAACCCUCCAUCCCCCGAACCCUCCAGAGAACUAGAGCCUCUGGAGAAACCUGUCAACGUCCUGCUGGUGAAGAACAGACCCAACGAAGAGUAUGGGCUGCGUCUGGGGAGUCAGAUCUUCAUCAAACAGAUGACCAGCACAGGUCUGGCUUCGAAGGAUGGGAACCUGCAGGAGGGAGACAUCAUUCUCAAGAUCAAUGGGACAGUGACAGAGAACCUCUCUCUGCAUGAUGCUGGGAAGCUGAUAGAGAAGUCCAGAGGAAAGCUGCAGCUGGUGGUCCAGAGAGACUGCCGCCAGAUCCUCGUCCGCAUCCCCCCCCUGGCAGACUCUGACUCUGAUAAUGACGACAUGUCAGAGAUGGAGUCCUACCAUUCCUAUUCUCCCCCAGAGGAGAGGAGGUCCCGCCAGUCUGACCUGUCCUCCCAUUCCUCCAAUGACAGAGACAACCCCAGGGAAGAACCCAUGACGACAGCCAUGAUGUCAGCUAUGGCCUCACCAUUCAGAGUUCCUGAAGACCCCCAUGCUGCAGCUGACACCGAGGAGCCUCCAGUCUCUGUAACCACCACGCCCAAGAUCCUCCUCCGACCGAGUCCAGAGGAUGAAAAGAUCUACGGGCCGAACACAGUGAUGGUGAAUUUCCAGAAGGGGGACAGUGUUGGACUGAGACUGGCGGGAGGAAAUGAUGUCGGCAUCUUCAUCGCUGGUGUUCAAGAGGGGAGUCCUGCUGAGGAGGAGGGCCUGCGCAUCGGAGACCAGAUCUUAAAGGUGAACAACGUUGAUUUUCAGGGUGUAGUGAGAGAAGAAGCGGUGCUCUUCCUGUUGGAGAUUCCUAAAGGGGAACUGGUCACUAUCCUGGCCCAGAGCAAACCUGAUGUUUAUAACGACAUCUUACUGUCGGGGCGUGGAGAUUCCUUCUUCAUCCGGACCCACUUUGAGUAUGAGAAGGAGACUCCUCAAAGCUUGGCCUUCAGUCGGGGGGACAUCUUUAAGGUGGUGGACACCCUAUAUGAUGGCAAGCUUGGCAACUGGCUGGCAAUCCGUGUUGGCAAGGACAAGCAGCUGCUAGAGAAGGGUAUCAUCCCCAAUAAGAGCAGAGCGGAGCAGAUGUCCAGUGUGCAGAGCUCUCAUAAAGCUGUGGUGGGCGAUCGAGCUGACUUCUGGAGGCUGCGAGGUCAACGCUCAGUGAAGAGGAAGGACCUAAGGAAAAGCAGAGAGAACCUGACCAGUCAGACGUUGGCCACCCGCUUCCCAGCAUAUGAACGAGUGGUGCUCCGAGAGGCUGGUUUCCGGCGUCCUGUGGUUCUGUUCGGCCCCAUCGCUGACGCUGCUAAUGAGAGACUGGCCUCUGAGAUGCCCGACUUGUUUGUUGUUGCCAAAACUGAGCCUAAAGACGCUGGCUCUGAGAAGUCCUCAGGUGUGGUCCGUCUAAACACCAUACGACAAAUCAUUGAGCAGGAUAAGCAUGCGCUGCUGGAUGUGACCCCCAAGGCGGUGGACACCUUGAACUACACCCAGUGGUACCCCAUCGUCAUCUUCUUCAACCCAGACACCAAGCAUGGCAUCAAGGCCAUGAGACAGAGGAUCAUCCCCAGCUCCAACCGCAGUGCCCGCAAGCUGUACGAGCAGGCCGUCAAACUGAGGAAGACCUGCUGCCACUUAUUCACUGCCACCAUCGACUUGAACUCAGCAAACGACGCCUGGUACGGGAGCAUCAAAGACUCCAUCAGAGAGCAGCAGAUGCAGGCUGUGUGGGUCUCUGACGGCAAGCUGGAGGGAGUAGAGACUGAUCUGGACUGCCAGGACGUGGAGCGUCUGUCCUUUCUGUCCGCCAUGUCCGCCGACUACCUCAGCAUGGACAGCCGGCUGACCUCUGACCUGGACGACACCGCUGAUGAGGGCGGGGCCUACACCGACAACGAGCCUGAUGUGGAAACACUACACAUCUCUGCCAUCAGUCGCUCAUCUGAACCUGUCACAGCUGAGGAGAUCUUGCGCAGGUACAGUCCAGACAUCAGGAGUCGUAUGAGGAAAAUCAGCAGCCGGGAAGUCCUCAACAGGUCCAGUCCUCCAGCUGUGUCCUUUCCAGACAACAAGGUGAAACUGUCUCUGAGGGAGGAGCUGGUCUUUGUAUCAGGAUCCAUUAACCCACACCACCAUCCCCGCCAGCACCACCCUCCACCCCCAAGUUCCAGCCGAAGUUACGACUCUCCCUCCAGCAGCAGCCCCGCCAGCAGCAACAACGACCCUCCACCAUCCAUCUCCAGCUCAGCUGUCUUUUCCAGCCCCCCGCCCCCGCCCCCUCCCCCGAUUCACCACUUCAACUCCUUCAACAAGCUGCGAUCCCUGGUAGCAUCCCAGCCCCGUGCCGCGCCCACAGAGACUGCAGUUCACCCACCUGUGGUGGCCUGCAGGCAGCAGGACGAGGGAGCAGAUGACAGCCCUGUCGAGGACCCAUCCAUGAAGUCCUUCUUGGGGAAAAUCAAGGCCUUCGAGAAGAUGGAUCACUUCGCCCGAGCCCAUAGGGUGCUGGAACUGCAGGAGGCACAGAACGCCAGGUUGGAAAUCGCUCAGAAACAUCCAGACAUCUACGCUGUUCCUCUGAAGACAGCCAAGCUGGACCACAGUCGCCCUCAGCCUAUCGGCUCCAGCUCCCGUCCUGACCCCAAGACCCCUCCGUCCUCCAAGGAGGGACAUCCCUUCUACCUGACCGAGGAGGUGGCAGAGGAGGAGGCGAUACCAGGAUAUUACACCGCCAAUUCUCACCAGUACCAGGACACAGAGCUGUAGGGUCAGAACACGGCAGCAGUGCCUGCCCCCAGGCCUCUUGGACAGACAUGUACACAUGCUGCACAUGCAGUCUAUCUAUACAUUCACCAUUCCAUCAUGCCUGCACAAGGCAGCUGCUGACUGAAUUGACUGCUGCUUCUUUUUCUUUGAGGAAGUUAAUCUUAACUAUCCAUAUGGAUAGGAACACGCUGUCUUCACUUUACUUUUACUGUUGUAUUGAAUUGUUUCUCAUGUACCACUUUGAAAUGGUCAAAUGAUCAGGAGCCACUUGUUUUCUUGCCUAUGCAACUCUUCAGUUUCUGCACAGCAACUGAAACCUAUUGCCACGAGUUCUGCCCUCACAAAAAC